UUGUCGGCAUCUGCAAUGUUUACCAAACCAACGGUGGUGAUAAAACAGACUUUCGCAUCUCCAUCGUCUUCUCUCCAACGUCCGAUCUUCUUCAUCCACGCCCAAUUUUCAUCCUCUACUUUACGAAUUAGUUUUCCCUCCUUCAAUCCAGUUCGUGAUCUGACUCAUUGUAUCGCUGACGUUGAAAUUGCGGUUUCGCAUUCUAGGUUUUUAUUGUUGUUGUUGUUUAUGGCGGAGGCUCCAGCGAGUCCUGGCGGUGGAAGCCACGAGAGUGGGGGCGAUCUGAGCCCUAGGUCGUCAAAUGUUCGGGAGCAAGACAGGUUCUUACCGAUUGCGAAUAUUAGUCGGAUAAUGAAGAAAGGAUUGCCAGCUAACGGCAAAAUUGCUAAAGACGCGAAGGAGACUGUGCAGGAGUGUGUUUCUGAGUUUAUCAGCUUUAUCACCAGCGAAGCGAGUGAUAAGUGUCAAAGGGAAAAGAGGAAAACCGUUAAUGGCGAUGAUCUUCUUUGGGCAAUGGCUACUUUAGGGUUUGAAGAUUAUAUUGAGCCAUUAAAGUCAUACUUGACAAGAUAUAGAGAGAUGGAGGGCGACACCAAGGGAUCUGGGAAGGGUCAUGAAGGGUCUUCCAAGAAAGAUGGAGUGCAUCCCAAUCAUAGUGCACAGCUUGGUCAUCAAAAUUCGUAUCCACAGGGUCUGAACUAUGGAAACUCACAGGCCCAACCUCAACAUAUGAUGGUCCCCAUGCAACGCACAGAGUAGCGUUUUCUUUCUGGUCUGGCAUGUGGUUAUAUUAUUAUUAUUAUUAUUAUUUUAGUUGCAGGGUUGUAAGUGUGUGUUAUAAAUAUGUAUUCUUUUCGGGUAUGUAUACAACGUUCACUCGAAAUAGGCUUUAAAUUCCAAAUAUUAAGAUGAUUUUUUUUUGUGUUUAUGUAUAUGUGACAUGUGUUUGAAUGUUGUAAGGAUUUCCUUUACUAUUUAUCUCAUUUGAAAGGUAUAUUCUGAUA